CCUUCCCGGAAUCUCUGCCAUCCAUUCCAGGUUUCUGGAAAUGACACAUGUGUAAACUGGCCGUUUCCCCAGGACUCCGGAGGCUCACACGCACCAUGUCAAUGGAGGGAAGACGCUGAAGAUCCGCAUUCCGUGCUGCAGGAAGCGGGACACGUGGCUCUCAGUGUGGGAACUGGAAAAGUCGGCGGCAAGGUUUCGAUUACAGGGAAAUGACGGGAGGAUUUGUGUGUCCCGCACGGAUUGCCAAGAGAACAUAACCUGACAGAGGGGGCACUUUUUGGUUCUGGUAUCUGCUGCUGGAACUUACUGGUGAAAAUUAAAGAAACUAUAGUGUCUAGUGAAAGAAACUCUCCCCGGUUAAUGAUCACGAGAGUUGUGAAAUUGGCCUGAAUUCACCCUUUCAUCCAAAUAAAAGAUAACAUCGUUUUGCGGGGGAGUCGCUUUAUCAGAACAGCAGACUCCAGUAAAGUCAUUUUUAUGUACAAAUAAAGCUCUUGGCGCUGGAGUUAGUACAAUCAAAAAAUUAUUCGCUGCUCACUGGAAGGGUGUAUUCGGGAGGGCGGAUGGUUGGAGAGAUAAUUGGCUACAUUACUAGGUCACGACUUCUAUAACAAGGAAAUCGGAGUAUCGCUGGAGAUUAAAAGAACCGAUUAAAGCGAUGCAGAAGUGUUAAAGCAGCGCAAUGGGUUCGGGGGCGGAAGAACGAUCCGGGUUGUAUCCAGGAGAAGAUCCGAGCUCCCAACUCGCAGCUCCAGCCCUCGGUUCAGGCAUGGGCUCCAGCUUCACCCACCGCGCUCUCCUGGUGCUUCACCUCGCCGCCACUCUCGGGUCCUCACUGGUCAGGUCAACUCCUCUGGUCAGGACGGAAUCAGGAGCUCAACUGGAGCGGGACUGGGGUCAGCAGAUCCGAUUCAAGCAUCUGUACAUGGAAGGCAACAGCAGACACUUGCAAAUCAACCCUGACGGUCACAUCGACAGCUCAAACACCCAGAACUUUUACACUCUACUGGAGAUCAAAGCAGUGGAACAUGGCCAGGUGGUGAUCCGAGGGGUGAAGACCGGCCGGUACCUGUGCAUGGACACCAAAGGAAGCAUCUUUGGAUCGACAACCUACCGUGAAGAUGAUUGCAACUUCAAUGAGGUGCAGUUAGAAACAUUUUACAACGUGUACCACUCGCCAAGGCACAAGACGGUGCUCACUUUGAGCGUGGAGAAGCGUCCCUACAUUCCCAAUGCAGAACUGCCUCCCCUUUCUAUGUUUUUGCCUCGAGAAAACGAGUUGCCUCCCACCGCACACAGCAGGCGGAACCCGGAGAGAGGGGCCAACGACACGGAUCCCUUUGACAUGAGAUCCGGACCGCGGGAGAGUCUUAAACUGUCCAGAAGUAGCAGAGGGUAACGGGACACACCCACCGUUUUAAGGCUUUAAAAAUCCGAUUACUGCGAUGGCAUAGGUCUAAAGUACUGUUCCUGGGAUUCGACUCUACUGAUUUAUUGCCUUGUACGGCCAUGUAGUUCAGGAAUGGAAAAUAAGAGUAGGUGCGGGUCAGUUGAAGAACGACUGGCAAGGUUAGGGCAGAAGAUUACAAAGUCAUUCUCGGUGGAUUAAAGUCAUCCUCAAUCAGUCCUGCCGGCCAUAAAGACCCGAUUGGACUAUUCAAUUGUUUCUUACCCGGUUCCAGGAUUUUCACUUCCACCACUCCUCCUGGAAUUCUAUUUAAUACAUUAGUGGGCUUUUGUGUAAAAACGCUUUUUACCAGUUUAGACCAAAAUUUCUCCACCUACUCAAACUGUUUUAAAGUAUUAUUCAGCCUUUCCAUAACUGUCUAUUAGGCCAUAUUUCAGAUGUCUCCUUUCCAUGUUUCUGGAGGCUUUACUGGUAUCUCUGAUCUCAUACUAAGGAUCACGUUCUCACUGCACUGCCAAAGAACUUGGGGAUCACUGGUAUCUCCGUGAAGAGAAAUGGCGUUGUACUCCAACCAAAGCAAACUGUAGAUUAAUCAGGACCUUCUCUGCAUUGUCCUUAACUGUGUGCGCUAGGUGAAAUGCCUGUGCAGUUUAAGAAGCCUGAUAGCUAUUUUGUUUUGGCUUAAAUCAUGGUGACUUUAAACCAUUUGUGGAAUUUGUAUGACACCCAUUCUCUUACUUCAUGCAUUAAUUUAAACUGGUCUGUAUUGAAUUGGAUGCCCCCAUUCACACAUUAACUCCAACUCCUUCCAAUACUUCAGUGACUCUUGUUAUUUUUGGAACAUGUGGCCUUGAGAUAUCAGAGCCAGCUCAUUGAUGUUAAUCAGCAAUGGCAUUAGUCUCAACAUUGUGACCUUGCCAUCUCAUAAUCCUUCUUCAACCCUGAUGAAACCUCUCCAACCAGCACUGGCUGUUUUCUACUCAACUCAUUUCUUUUCCAUUCCCAAAGUUUACCUUAAAGUUUAAAUUUAACUCAUUGCUUUCUGUAUGAAGCGUUGUCAAAUGUCUAUUUGGAAUCCAAGUACACUAUCUUAAGACCAACCCAAGACCACUUGGAUUGCUGCUUCCCAAAGGGGGCAAAUAAGCAGACUCUUUCCCUUCUAAAUCCAAAUGGGUUUAAUAGUCUUCUUACAUUGUGUAUGAAGGAUAAUUUAAUAGAGAUCAGAAGGACAAUGUAAAUGCUUUUCAUUUCACAUAUGCAAAAGACUUGAAUCACAUCUUCUGCAAUACAAAGUAGGCUAAUCUCAUGCAUGAAUUUGUACUGCCUACUCUGAAUUAUCUAUUUAUUUAAAUUAUUGCUGUCAAUAUUUAUUUAUAUGCAAAUGCAACUACUUUUUAUAAAGUUUUUUUUACUUAAGUGGUGAUUUGUAUGAUGUUGAUAAUAAAGCAAUAAAAAUGUCAA